GAGCAAAAAAUAAAAAUAUUUUUUGUCUAAUAUCUUUAAAAAAACAUUGUGAAAAGACUAUCUCCAGAUUUCGCGUGUGUUUGCUUUGUUGGGAAAAAUAUAAUUUUUGGUGACAGAAAGGUAUAUAUCAAACUCAGCACAAGGUGAACGCAACGCACGAGGUCAGGAAUGUCACAAAAGUCUGACAACACAAUAAGCAAGAUGAUACUAUCAAUAGAUGCUAGUCAAAAGGUUCAAUCAAACAAGAGAAAUUAAAUUCGCACGUGUAAACGCCAAUUUUCUAAAAACAACAAACAACUACAACAACAAAAGGGAGAAAAGCAAUGAGCUAGCAAAACAUAUACUUGCCACACAGCCAACGCCAACAAACAUAAAAACAAAAUCAUCAACGAAAAGUGAAAGCAAAUGUCAACAACAACAACAAAAGACAGCAACACACUUGCGUGAAAAAGGAAAUUAGCUCAACAACUGAAAUUACCACGCUGGAAGUUUGGGCACACAGCCACACCGAACACUUCCAGCGCAACAUGAAUUGUUGCUUAGCAACAUGUUGCUAAGCGCUUACAGCAACCAAACAGCAACGACGACAGUGUCGUGCUAAGCGAAGUGGAAGUCGCAAGCAACAGACAGGAAAACCAACAAACGAAGCGGCGUACGCGUGAGGGUGUGUGUGUGAGUGCGACGGCUCAUGUAUGUGUGUGUGCGUCUGUAGGCAGCGAAGUGACAACAUUUUGAGGGCGCGACAAGCAACAGCCACAGACUCAAAGUAGCUGGUGGUGUUGGAGCGCAGCUGACUGGAUGUGCGUGGAGUUGGCUGACUGCCUGACUAGCGGUAAAGUGGCGUUCGUGCUUGCUCGUGCGGUUAGUCGUAUGCUUGACGGUUCCGGAGCGGGUUUGUGUUAACGGAAGAGCGCAAAGUACAACAAUUUCGUGCGGUGAACAAAAGUGGUAUUUAUGAAAAAAAGCGAAAGAUUGUCGUGUCGGUUAAGUACAGAGUGAACAAAGUGUUUAGAAAUUUUAAUAAAGUAUAAACUAACGGUACUUGGAGUUUUAAAUGGUUGCAAAGGUGAAUAUUUAUCUUUUUUAAUAAAAAUUGAAUGAACAGUGUUUGAAAAAAAAUUAAAAAAUUUUGAAAAUUAUAAUAAAAAUUCAAAAAAAUAACAAAAAAGAAAACAACAACAAAAAUCAUUCAUAUAAUAAUUUUGAGUGCAACAGUACAACAAUUAAUAAUUCUUAAACUUGCAACGCGCGUUAAAAAACAUUUCCAGCACUUAUAUAUGCUGUAUGUAACGAGUGUACAGAGCGAAACGAAAUAAAAAUAAAAAAUUCAGAAAACUGAAGAAAAAAGUUUCAAAUCAAAUUGUGAAAAGUGACAAAGUGUCAACGCUGCUGGUGACACUUAGUCUGUCGAGCGCGAAUACGCACAGACACACACAGACGCAGUCAUUAUCAAUUUCACACAGCCUGACAUUGCCAGCAUUGUGGUUGCGGCAACUUUUACAACGCUCGGCUAUCUCUCUCGGUGUGUCCGUCUGUCUGACGCACAGUCUGUCUGCUUGCCCGUGUUCUUCGCACUUAAUUAAUGUCAAGUGGGCAUCACUUGCAUUAUGCAAUUUAAGGCGACAACUCGUUUCGCGUACGCAAACUGCAACAAAAUUAACAGCAGCAACAACAUAAACGACAACAACAACAACACGCGCAAUUAUAGCGGCGAAAGCAGCCACGCAAGCAACAUCACCGGCAGCAACAACAACAAAGCUGUCACAAAGUGUCGUGAUUUCGCGUUGAUCUAUGCACAGUUACGUGCAAAGCAACAACAACUACAACAACAGCAACAAAACAAACAACUUCGCACAGCACAGAAAAUGCGAAUUACAACAAAUACAGCAAAUACGGAAGUAAAGUGCAUUUGCGCGUCACCACGUUGCAACAACUACAACAAAAACAAUAACAACAGUUGCAACAACAACAACAGUCAACACUACAACUCACAAAGUGACGUAUACACCAGCAGCACCACAGCCACGACAAUAGUUUGCAACAUGGCAGCUGCCACAAUCCCAACAACGGCAAUGACUGAUGACAGUGGGUGUUGUUGCAAGUGCACAAGCGGCAGCAACAGCAGUGAUAUGCAGCGUUGUGGCAAAGAUGUUGAUUACAUUGCCGCUGCGGCGGUGUCGUGUACCGAACGACCAACGCCAACACAAUGUUGCAAGCAGCAAGACAGCAAGCAAGCGAGCCUUAGCGCGUACAAUAAGAACAAUCAGCACACAUGUGCAGUCAACUGUAAAAACAAUUUUGUGGCAAGUGAAAGUGCGAAGAAAGAUUGCAAACAUUCCGCAGUGAUUAGAAGCAGUGGCAGCAGUGAAAAUUUACUGGCAACAGCCACAAAAUCAGCGGCAGCAGCUGAAAUUAAAACUAAAACAACAACAGCGGCAACAAAAACAACAAUGCGGUGCGCAUUCGACAUUGGCAACUGGAAGAGCAUAUGCGCCAUGAUGUUGUUGCUGUUCUGCUUUACAUGGCAUGAUUACGCUCAGGCCGCCCUCAGCAAUGUCAAUUUGUUUAUUGAGCCACCAGCAGUACGUCGCGGUCAAUCGGUCAUUUUACGUUGUCAAUAUUCCCUCACUGGUGCGCCACUUUAUUCGAUCAAGUAUUAUCGUGGCAAUUAUGAGUUUUACCGUUAUACGCCGGGUGAAUUUCCGAAUGUGAAACACUUCCAGUAUCCGGGGAUCAAAGUGGAUGAAGUUAUCUCCAAUGCCACACAAGUUGUUAUACGCGACGUGAAAUUCACUUUAUCCGGCAACUUUUCUUGCGAAGUCACGGCCGAUGCACCGCUCUUCUCCACCUCCACCGCCUAUGCGCAAGUGCAAGUUGUGGAAUUCCCCGAAAAACGUCCGCAACUCUUCACCGAACACUCGCGUUACGAACCAGGCGAUAUCUUGCGCGCCAACUGCAGUACACCGCCAUCGAGGCCACGCGCCGAUCUUCAUUUCACACUCAACAAUAUACCGGUAUCAACGGGCGAAACGCAAUACAUCAGAACGGUUGACAAUUUAAUAGCGUCGAGACUGAGCCUGAAACUGCAAUUGCAUGCAGCACAUUUUGCUGCCGCCAUUAAUACCCAGCACUUGAUGAAUCACCUGGGCGGCAGUCAGAGCGCCAUGGGUGUUUCCUACAAUACAGGUGCCGGUGCCGGUGGCGGUGCUGGUGUUGGUGGUGGCAAUGGCGGUUUGGUUUUGCGUUGCACAGCACAAAUUGGUGAUUUGUAUCAGGAGUACAAGGAAAUCGAAUUGGGCACACCGCAAAAGGAUCCAGUACCAGCACGAGUGACAUUGUCGUCCGGCUCUAGUCUGCGCAAUUUCUUCGAAUACUUCUCGGCGGCCAGCUCCGCCGCCUCCACGAAGACGACGCCGAGCAUGGCGCAUCCAUUGAAAUUGACAGUGUUGGCAGCUGCUGUGUGGCGUUCGCAAGCGCUGCUACUCGGCAUGGCAGCUGGCCUCGUCGGUGUUUACAACACAUUAAGGCUGAAGCAGGCGACCAGCGGCAGCAGAUAGUUCAAUCGCUGCAAAUCGAACGCAUUAAUGCAGUGAAGACGGCAGCGGUGGACGAGGGGAAGUGAGGGAGAGACGGUAGAUGGUUGGUUGGAGCAAGGCGUGCGAAAGUGCUGAGCGAGCGGAUAUAAGAUACGAAAAGCAGCGACGGAGGAGAAGGAAUGAAGCAUAAUUAUAGGCGCUGCAACAAAAGCUUUUAAUUGCAAAGGCGAAAGCGAAGCUGUGAAAGCGCACGCAGCGGAGAGACGAUAUUUUAAGUCAGUUUAUUUAAGUAAUGAAAUACACGCGCACACAGACACACACACAGGCAUAUAUACACACACAAGUAUACAUGAUAAUUAAGUUAAUUAGGCAGAGCUUAAGCAUUGAACUGCUGUCGGCGAAUAAAUGAGCGCAAAGUAAAUAACUUUUUGUUGUUGUUUAUAAGCGCGGGCAUAUUAAAGAAUGUGAGAUUUGCAUGUUUGUAAUUGAAUAUUGUUAAUUCUGUUCUGUACAAUUUACCAUGUUAAUUAUGCAUAAGUGAGAAAAAAUAACAACACAACAAAUAAAACAAAAACAUUUAGCAAAUAAUGCAAAAAAGUUAAA